GUUUUUUUUUCGGAACAUUGUGAUCUAUAAUUCAUUAAAAAGAACUAUAUUUUAAAUAUACUGCGAUGGUAAUGGAAGCCAGCCAACAGAAUCAACAAACUCAACAACCAAUUGUAAGAAGAAAUCGACCAGGAACUACUACUAAAGAAUUUUGUCAAUGGCCUGAUGAAAACUUCGAGGAAAUGGAUAGCACACUAGUUGUGCAACAAUUUAUCCAGCAAAUGAUCCGAAAAGAUCCAUCGAAUGUUGAAAAACUUUUGAAUAUGCCCGAUGGACAAGAUGAAGGUGUCUGGAAGUAUGAACAUUUAAGACAAUUCUGCAUGGAACUCAAUGGAUUGGCCGUAAAACUUCAAACUCAAUGCUUUCCAGCAACAUGUACUCAAAUGACAGCUACUGAGCAAUGGAUUUUUCUGUGUGCUGCUCACAAAACCCCCAAAGAAUGCCCUGCCAUCGAUUAUACUCGCCAUACAUUAGAUGGUGCAGCUUGUCUCUUAAAUAGUAACAAGUAUUUUCCAUCAAGAGUUUCAAUAAAGGAGUCAUCGGUUCUAAAGCUCGGGUCUGUUUGUCGUCGAGUCUAUCGUAUAUUUUCACACGCAUAUUUCCAUCAUCGCAGAAUAUUCAACGAGUUUGAAGAGCAAACUUUCCUCUGUUUGCGCUUUACCCAUUUCGUAACAAAAUAUAAUUUAAUGUCGAAAGACAAUCUAAUUGUACCAAUUAGUGAUGCAGUCAGUGAAAUUCCUGGCGAAAGCGAGGCGUAAAUCUAUCUUAGUUAAUUCCUUCAAAAAGAUAUCUCUCUUAAAGUAUAAUUUAUAAUUUAAUUCUUUAAUUUGUCUCGUAAACUGCAUAUACUAUUAAUUGAAUUCUGGUCAAUGAUUCUUUUUUCGCAUGCUAAAUUAGUGCUUACGAGAUAUUUUACAACAUUUUUCUAUAAGAAAAGAGUUAGAUUUAUGUCCCUUGUUUGUCAUUAUUUCAUUUUAUAUUAAUAUAUAAAAAGAAAGAUUAACACUAUUUUAUAAAACCUAACAUGAUCAGAACAUAAUAUGAUAUUAUUUAACGAUGAAAUGUAAUGAAUGCAUACGUCUGUAGUAAAUUUAAGAAUAUCAAACAAAAUAUUAAUAUUAAUCAUAUUCAAAAAGUGUUUAGUCGAACAGUAAUUCAGAUAUUUACAGGGUUCUGUACUAGCAAGCAUAUUUACCAACCCUGUAUAUUCCUAAUAAGUAAACUCUUCAGACAACUGAUUAAAUCUACAAGUCACCUUUUAAAUAAAUAGUGUAUUGUACACACAUGAUAACU